UCCGGAAACACAGUUCUCUGUUUUCUUUACUCUAUCUCCGUCAUUGUCUCUCUCUGCUUCCCCUUGUCUCGAAUACCAGACUUCUAGCCUUCAACAGGUGCUCAUUCUUUCCAUAUGAGGAUCGUUAAUUUUCUUGCGUUUGCUUAGGUUUGCUGAUUUAGUUUUACAUUAAGUAGUUGCUGCCUUAUACAAAGAUAGAGGGAUAAUGGGGUUGCCAAAUGUCUCUGGAGAUUUAUCAUCAGAGAUGGAGGUUGAUGCUUUUAGACGCCUUUUCCCUCUUCGUUAUUAUGAGCGUCAUCUUGCAGAGUCUAUUCGUCCUGAUGCAAGGCCACUCGGGAGUGCUAGAGACACAACACUAGCUCUUGGGGCUGUUGCUUCUGCUGAUGGGUCAGCUUUGGCUAAGAUUGGUUCAACUACUAUGUUGGCUGCCAUAAAAAUGGAAGUGAUGACCCCUUCCACAGACUCACCAGAUGAGGGUUGCAUAGCUAUUGAUUUCCACAUGCCUCCAAUUUGUUCUCCACUUGUUAGGCCUGGUAGGCCCGCUGAGGCAGCACCAGUUGUGGCAAAGCAGUUAUCUGAUACAAUAUUAAGUUCUGGCAUGAUUAAUUUAAAGGAACUAUCUCUGGUUAGUGGAAAAGCUGCAUGGAUGGCAUACCUGGAUAUCUAUUGUUUGGAUGCUGAUGGUGCUCUUUUUGAUGCUGCAUUGUUUUCAGUAGUUGCCGCCUUCUCCCAUUUGCAAAUACCCAUAGUUUCACUGAAUGAUGAUGGAAAGAUAGUAGUUUUGUCUGAGGAAGAUGAGAUAGGAAGGUCAGAAAAGAAGCCAGUCAAUCAGGAGAAGAGGAAGCUGACACUGAGUAGCCUGCCAUUCUCAUUAACAUUCAUACUUCACAAGAACUACAUCUUGGCAGACCCCACUGCAGAGGAAGAAUCUAUCAUGGAAACUCUUGUAACAGUAGUUUUAGAUUCAUCUGCUAGACUUGUUUCCUUUUACAAGCCAGGUGGACCAGUUCUUGCCUAUACAUCAGCUGUCCAGGAUUGUGUAGCAUUAACAAGGCAAAGAGUGAAGGAACUUCAAGGGAUUUUAGAUGAGGCCAUUUCUGGUAUGGAGAUUGACCGAGUUUAAUGUUUUAAGUGCUGAGGGCAUGUCCAAUCAAUAUACAGUGUCCACUCUAUCUUGUUCCUGCGGUGAACAUGGUGAAUUUUUGAAGUUAGAUUAUUAGAUUAGACAAAACCGUGGUAGUGAAUUUUGGUUGCAGCAAAAUAGCUACUGUUGCAUUUUCUUCGAUCUUUAUGACCAUUAAUGAGGAUUUUCUUUUUUUUUUUUUUCAAUUUUUUUUGCCAAGAGUAGAAGAAGUAGGGUGAGGGUUUGUUACAUCUCAUUUCUGGCUUGGAGCUUUCAUUAUUAAUAUCAUUACAUGUUAAAUCUGUAUUUAUAUA